UUUCAGUGUCUCUACCGGUGAAUGAGAGGCGACGGAGGGAAAUAAUCUGCCGCCUGGUCCAGCAGAAACCGUGAGCAGGUCUCCAUGGCCCAGUUCGGGGGGCAGAAGAACCCUCCAUGGGCAGCUCAGUUUGCUGCUACAGCGGUUUCACAGCCCGGCCACUCAGGACAGUCACUGGACCUGAACAGUUUACACUCUUUAGGAGUACAGCAGUCGUCCCUCUUGGGAGUGUCUCCUAUGUACACUCAGCAGUCGGCUUUAGCGGCAGCCUCCCUCAACACACAGUCAGCUGCCAACUACCAGCUCUCUCAGCAGACCGCAGCGCUCCAGCAGCAGGCCGCUGUAGCUGCAGCCGCUGCGUUACAGCAGUCGCAGAUCAAUUCAGCCCUGCAGCAGUAUCAGCAGCAGCAGCAGCAACAACAACAGCAGCUACCUCAAGCUCCCCCACCACAACCUCCACCUCAGCAAACUCUUUACAACGUCCCACAUCAGCUUUCACAACCCCAACAAGCCCUGCUAUCACAGGCCCCUGUUGCCUUGCCCACCUGCCUGAGCCUGUCCAACCCGCAGCAGACGGCACAGAUAACCGUAUCCUACCCGACCCCGCGCUCCAGCCACCAGCAGCAGACUCAACCCCAAAAGCAGCGUGUUUUCACCGGGGUCGUCAGCAAGCUACAUGAUACUUUCGGCUUUGUCGAUGAAGAUGUCUUCUUCCAGCUCAGUGCGGUUAAGGGGAAAACACCCCAAGUCGGUGAUCGUGUUCUGGUGGAAGCUGUCUACAAUCCCAACAUGCCUUUCAAGUGGAAUGCCCAGCGCAUCCAGACGUUACCUCAGCUGCCCAGUCAAACGCACCAGCUGCCUCAGCCCUUACCUCAGGUUUCCCCACAGCUGUCCAGCUUUUACUCUGAAGCAGGAAUGCAGCGCUACUCUGACAUACACUCUGCGGUGGAUUCGAGACAAAAUAGCCAGCCGCCAGGCCCAAACAUGAUGAAACCAGGUCCCACCAUGCUGCAGUCUCUACCCCCACCCACCACGUUCAGCGUCCCGGCCCAGGGACCUCCUCCAUCUCUUCUGCAGGCCCAGCUCUCAGCUGCUUCUCUGGCCCCACUGCUGCAGAAUCCCCCACAGCCCCUGCUACCCCAGCCUCCCCCUAAAGACUCUGUGUUCUCAGGGGGUUUGCUGCAGCCCCCGGUGCGGAUGAUGCCUCAGCCGCAACAGGUGAGGCGUGUGGACCCCUCACCCCGCUUCCCCAGCCGCAGUGACCGAUCAGAACUCAUCCUGAGGAAGGAUGACCGCAGUCGGGAAAGAGAUAGAGAGCGAAGGAGAUCAAGAGAACGUUCACCCACACGGAAGCGUUCUAGAGACCGGUCGCCUCGCAGAGAACGCUCUCCAAGACGGCCACGCAGAGUCGUCCCAAGAUAUACUGUGCAGUUCUCCAAAUUCUCUCUCGAUGGUUGCAACUGUGACAUGAUGGAGUUGCGGCGGAGGUAUCAGAGCCUCUACAUCCCUAGUGACUUUUUUGACGCUGUGUUUACCUGGGUAGACGCCUUUCCCUUAACACGACCUUUCAACUUUGGAAACUACUGUAACUUCCACAUCAUGCAUAAAGAGGUGGACUCUCUGGUGAAGAACACGGCUGUGCUGGACCCACCUGAUGCCAAUCACACCUACAGUGCAAAGGUAAUGCUGCUGGCCAACCCUAGUCUAGAUGAGCUGUAUCAUAAGUCGUGUGCUCUGGCAGAAGAUCCACCAGAGCUGAGAGACUCAUUCCAACACCCUGCCCGCCUCAUCAAGUUCCUGGUGGGGAUGCGGGGGAAGGACGAAGCCAUGGCCAUCGGGGGUCACUGGUCUCCCUCUUUGGAUGGAGCCGACCCGGAAAACGAUGCCUCGGUCCUUAUAAAGACAGCCAUACGUUGUUGUAAGGCUCUGACAGGCAUUGAUCUGAGUUUAUGUACCCAGUGGUAUCGUUUUGCAGAGAUACGCUAUCACCGCCCUGAGGAGACUCACAAAGGGCGGACAGUCCCCGCACAUGUGGAGACAGUGGUUUUAUUUCUCCCGGAUGUUUGGCAUUGUCUUCCUACCCGCUCAGAGUGGGAGGGCCUGUCCCGUGGACUCAAGGAGCAGCUGGCAGAGAAACUCUUGGCUGAACGGAAGGAGGCUGAUGGAGAACAGGAGGAGGAGGAUAAGGAUGAAGAUGAUUCAAAGGAAGUCACUACGCCGACUCACUGGUCUAAGCUUGAUCCGAAAUCCAUGAAGGUCAAUGACUUGCGUAAGGAGUUGGAGAGCCGUUCACUGAGCUCUAAAGGGCUGAAGUCUCAGCUGAUCGCUCGCCUCACCAAACAGCUGAAGGUGGAGGAGCAAGUGGAGGAGUCCAAGGAGCCGGAGAAGCCUGAACCUCCUAAUGUGGAGGAGGAUGAGUCCUGCAGACUGGAGGAUGACCGAGAGGAAGAGGAACGAAAGCGGCAGGAGGAGCAGGAACGCCAGCGCAGGGAGAAACGUUAUGUUCUGCCAGAUGAGCCUACCAUUAUUGUCCAUCCCAACUGGGCUGCCAAGAAUGGCAAAUUUGCCUGCAGCAUCAUGUCCUUGAGUGUGUUGCUGGACUACAGACUGGAGGAUAAUAAAGAGCACUCCUUUGAGGUGUCUUUGUUUGCUGAAUUAUUCAAUGAGAUGCUUCAACGAGACUUCGGCUACAGGAUCUACAAAGCAAUGGCUUCUCUUUCCAGCAAGGAUGAGAGGAAAGAUAAAAGAGAGAAAGCUAAAAAAGAGGCAGAAAGGAGGAACGUAAAGAAGAAGGAAGAAGAAAAUGGAGAGCCGGCCACAAAGAGAAUGAGAGAGGAGGAUGAGAAGAGGAAGGUGGGGGAAAUAGAGUUUCUAGUGAAGAAAUUGUUAAACAAACCAUUGGUUAGAGAGUCUUGCCAUUAUCGAAAGCUGACGGACAGACCUAAUGACGAGCCUAGCCCCACGUUGACCUCUGAUGCUCUGAAAGACAACCUUUUAGGUAACCAAAGCUUGCUGCCCAGUCUGAAGAUCAAAUGGGAAUCAGAGGACAGCGGCGAGUCGUCUAGCCUAAUCGUCUACAAGGGAGCCAUGGUGGAUGUGGGAAGCAUGAUGCAGAAGCUGGAGAAGAGUGAGAAAACCCGAGAUGAAAUCGAGCAGAAUCUCAUGCAGCAGGACAUUAAAAUGGAGGAGGGCUCAAAGCAGAUAGCCGAGCUAGAAGCAGCAACCCGCAGCCUUCAGAGGGAGCUGGAGGAGGUGAAGAACAAUCUCAGAGAGACCGAGAACAAACUGAGAGCCUCAGACCAGCAGAAAGGCAGCUAUGAACAACAGCUCCACGGCACAGUGUCCAGCCUCAACACCAUCAUGAAGGAGCUACAGGGCGUUUUAUCACACGGUGACCCUUCAGAUGACGGUGACCAAAAAACUCACUCUAAUGGCUCAGAUGAGUGAACGUCCAGCUCAUCCACAUCUAGUCUCCCUUCAAAUAUGUAAAUAAGCUUAAAACUAACACGAUUCUAAAGCAAAUUUUAUUUGGAUCUUUUUGGGGGGUUUCUGUGUACAAAGUUUUAAUGACUCUCUUUUCCUCAUAAUUCUAUAUUUGAAAAUAAUUCUUCAGAAUCAAAUUAUUACACUUAAGUUCGAGUUAAAAUAAUUUGUUUGAUUGGAGUAAACGUUUUGGUUGUUAAUCCAUUUAAGCUUUUUUGGCCUUUUUUUAUUUUCAGAAGUUGCUAGUAAUUUUAGCUUGUGUUGCUAUAUCAGCAUAUUUCAUUGUUGAAAUAAUACAUGACUUGUGCCAGUACGUGACUUAUUCGCAGAGUUUAUUUAGCAAUAAAAGUGUUAUUUAUGUUUAAAUCAAAUGUUAGAAACAGCAAUUAGGAUUUUAUUAGGAACUAUGUGAAGCUGCUUUCUGAUAUCUUUCAUUGUUCCAUGACAAACAGUGAUCAAAAAACAUUUUGUUCUAUGUCUCUGGUUUGUUUUGGUCACAUCUGAGCAUGCAUCUAAAUUAGCGCAUGCAUAUCAGCUUGAUUCCUGAGUAAUAUUCUCGCAGACUUAUUUUUUUUAAUUUGAUUUGAUCUUGAUGUUUUGUUCUGUGAUCUCUGUGUAAUCCUACCAGGGUAGCUUUGUGUGAAUGGGGCCAUUUCAAACAAAACCAAGGCAUUUACCCUGUUAAAGAUGCACAGGCUUGAUCUGACUGAGGUCAUGUCCGUUCAGAGUCCUGCCUGGGUACUUCAUAUCAGAGUGAUUGUAAUGUGUGAGUCGGAUGCUGUGUGUUUCAGUAGUUUGUUUUGCUGGAAUUGUUUGGAAGGCAGUGAAAUCUUUUCUCUUUUUUCUUGAAGUUUUUCCUGUUGUUGGCCCACUAAAGAUGAGAAUGAUUACAGUGGGUGGUUUCUGCUGAGUGGAAAAGAGCCAAACCUGAUAAAAAUUAGCCCAAGGCAGCCAAGUGCAUAUUAUUUUUCUAUUCUGGAUGUACUCUAUGGUUGUCCUGGUAAAAGAAAAGAAAUAAAAGUGCGUCAUUUUAACAUUUCAUCCAGUUAAAUUUGGAAUUUUCCCCAAUUGUUUUGAAUUUACAGGGGUUUUGGGAAUUUUGCAGUGCCAUUUUUUUCCCCAGUAGGUGGCAACAUUUGUUUGAUCCGGAGGGAUUAUGCAUGCACUUUUUAUGAGGAAAAACAAGCAAUGGGUUUAAUAAACAAAUAUUCCUCUGG